GUGAAGAUUAAAGCUCUGAUACUUUGAAGCUCCAGAUCCACUCUAGAUUUCUGUCUCCCCUCCUCUUUAUUUUUCUCUAGCCUCCAAGGAAAUUAUUUACUUUUCCUCUCUUCCCUCAUAUCUCUUUGCACCUGCAUGGUGUUUCUGCUUCAUCCAUGUCUUUGCUAGGGUUUUCAGAUGAGAAUAAAGAUAUGGAUUCCUGGGUUUUCAUGUGUUUUCUUUUACUCGUGGGAUGGUGGUGUUGGUGGUUCUUCGUCAAGGAGAAGAAGAAAAUAGAAAAGAAAUGUCAAGCUAUUAUUCCAAAGGGAAACUUGGGUUGGCCUUUUCUUGGUGAAACUCUGGAGUUUAUUGCCUGUGGUUACACCUCUCAGCCUGUUACUUUCAUGGACAAACGAAAAUCACUAUAUGGGAAGGUGUUUAAAACUCAUAUUCUUGGAACACCCAUCAUAGUGUCCACAGAUCCGGAAGUGAACAAAGUGGUUUUACAAAACCAUGGCAAUGUGUUCAUCCCUGCUUAUCCUAAAACAGUCAGGGAUUUGCUUGGAGAGUUUUCUAUACUUCAAAUGAAUGGAAAUCUGCACAAGAAACUUCAUGCACUUAUCGGCGGCUUCUUGAGAUCGCCGCAGUUCAAAUCCAGAAUUACCAAAGACAUUGAAAACGCUGUCAAACUCACCUUGUCUUCUUGGCAGGACCUGGAUAUUAUACUCGUCCAAGAAGAAACGAAAAAGAUUACCUUCCAAGUUUUGGUUAAGGUAUUAAUGAGCGUUGGUCCAGGCCAUGAUUUAGAAUUUCUAAAGAAAGAAUUCGAAGAAUUCAUCAAAGCGUUAAUCUGUUUACCAGUCAAAUUCCCGGGAACUAGACUGUAUAAAUCUUUAAAGGCCAGGGAGAAGUUAUUGAAGAUGGUGAAGAAGAUCGUAGAGGAAAGGAAAAUAGCCAUGGAAAGAUCAGAUGACAAGGGUAACAUUAAAGAUACUGUGGACUUGCUUUUGCGUGACUAUGGUGAAACAAAUGAGAAACAAUCUCUACCGUUGGACUCCAUCUGCGACAAUAUCGUAGAGAUGAUGAUCCCAGGAGAAGAGACUGUACCCAUGGCAAUGACCCUAGCUGUGAAAUUCCUCAGUGACUGUCCCGUCGCUCUAAAACAAAUCAUAGAGGAGAACAUGGAAUUGAAGAGGCAGAAGACUGAAUCUGGGGAUGAUUAUGAUUGGGCAGACUACAUGUUCGUGCGAUUUACCCAAAAUGUGAUCAGUGAAACUCUUAGAAUGGCAAAUAUAAUUAAUGGGGUUUGGAGGAAAGCUCUCAAGGAUGUAGAAAUCAAAGGCAAUUUGAUUCCACAAGGAUGGUGUGUCUUAGCAUCAUUUACUUCUGUUCAUAUGGACAAAGAAAAUUAUGAGAACCCCUUUCACUUUGAUCCUUGGAGAUGGGAGAAAACAGGAGCAGCGGUUAACAACAACUGCUUUACACCUUUUGGUGGAGGACAGAGGCUGUGCCCUGGACUAGAACUAUCCAGGCUUGAAAUAUCAAUCUUCCUUCACCAUCUAGUCACUACAUACCAAUGGGCAGCUGAAAAGGACAACAUUAUCUACUUUCCAACGGUGAAGAUGAGUAGGAAGCUUCCCAUAAAAGUCAAAGCUGCAGAAACUCAACCACCACCAAUGAUGAUGAUGAUUAACCCUUGUAGAAUUGGGAAUAUAAAGGAAAUGAAACGAAACGAUGGACAAGGCUAUACAGAAGAUGAGGUAGGAGGCCACUGCGUAUACAGAAAUGAGAAUUGACUGCAAGUGGGGAUGAUUUGUAUCUAACAUUUGUGCUUGUUUGAAGCAGUAAGGAGGGUCACUUUGCUUUGUUAUUAGAUGGAGAUGGAGGAAAAAGAGGAAAUGUACUCUUGCGCCCUCAUGCAAUAACUUUCAAUUAUAUGUUGGGCUUAGCGGUCAACUCUUGUACUAUUGCUAGGCCAAUUUGCAAUUUCUUUUCCUUCUAUAAAUAAAGA